UUACGGUUCCUUAAAACACACAGCCAAGAAAAACCAGAGACGAAAGAACGCCUACAACAGAAACCACACGUGUGUACAUGUCAGAUAUACGUGAAUUUCAUUUGUCCUUUUUUUCUCCUCAAAAGCUGAUCGCCGUUAAAUUUGACGGUGAAAUCUCAGUCCGUCAGUCAGUCAUUACCACUUCUUACCCCAAUCCCCAUUCCCAAAUCACUAGCGCUCAUCCCAUCCGUGAUUCUGCUUUGACGGUUUGUUAGAUCCCCUCUCUCUCUCUCCUCUUUCUCUCUCUAGAAAAUACCCAAGUAGGUAUGUGGAAUCUAUCACUCAUUACAUUCUUACCUUAAACUACAAAUCUUUCGUACCCACACAAAUAAAUAACCACUGAUUGCAACCCCUACAUUUACGAAAAUCAAACUGUUUUUAGAUAUAUAUACACAUAACACAUUACCCACUGGAUUUCUUUUCUCCAUGAUUCCAUCUAUACAUACAUAUAUACAUACAUACAUACAUUCAUACAUUCAUACAUACAGCGGCUGCAAUAAAUAAAUGAGGCGGAUGCAGCAGUGUUAGUUACCACGUAUCUAUACCUACUCACCAUACAAAACCCCUCUCUUCACACUUACACCAAAAUCAAGAAAGAAAAAAAAAAUGAAUCGUUCGAUUUUGGUUAAGGUUCUUCUGUUAGUUCUUUAUCAGUUAUGCCGACAAAUUUUCUGUAAGGAGUGCACAAACAUACCCCCAUUGUCUUCACACACUCUGCGGUACGAGCUUGAAAGUUCGGAGAACCAGACGUUGAAGCAAGACAUGUACUCACAUUAUUACCACCACCACCUGACGCCGACAGACGACUCGGCGUGGUCGAGUUUGUUUCCUCGGAAGAUGCUAAAGGAAGAAGAAAAAGAUGAUGGCGAACAGAGAUGGGCUAUGUUGUAUCGAAAUAUCAAGAAAGGGAUCGUUGAUAACAACGGAGGCGGAGAUUCGUUUCUGAAGGAGGUUUCGUUGCAUGACGUGAGGCUCGAUCCCGGCUCGAUAUUCGGACAGGCGCAGCAGACGAAUUUGGAGUAUCUAUUAAUGCUAGAUGUCGAUAGUUUGGUGUGGAGUUUUCGUAAGACUGCCGGUUUAUCGACACCUGGCGAACCGUACGGUGGCUGGGAGAAACCGGAGAUGGAGCUUCGCGGUCAUUUUGUAGGGCAUUAUUUGAGUGCAUCAGCACAAAUGUGGGCUAGCACACACAAUGAAACACUUAAACAGAAAAUGGAUGCUUUAGUUUCUGCUCUAUCGGCUUGCCAAGAUAAAUUACAAACCGGUUAUCUUUCGGCUUUUCCGUCUGAAUUUUUCGAUCGUUUCGAAGCUGUUAAACCCGUUUGGGCUCCCUACUACACAAUUCACAAGAUAUUGGCAGGGCUUUUGGAUCAGUAUACUUUAGCUGGAAACGAUAAAGCUUUGAAAAUGACGGUAUGGAUGGUGGAUUACUUUUACGGUCGAGUUCAAAACGUGAUUAAAAAAUACUCGAUCGAAAGGCACUGGUAUUCGUUAAACGAAGAGACGGGAGGCAUGAAUGAUGUCCUUUACAAACUAUACAGCGUGACGGGUGACGAUAAGCACUUGUUGUUAGCUCAUCUGUUCGACAAGCCUUGCUUUCUUGGAUUACUAGCCGUUAAGGCAGAUGAUAUAUCUGGCUUUCAUGCGAAUACACACAUUCCGGUGGUGGUCGGAUCUCAAAUGCGGUACGAAGUAACCGGUGAUCCUCUGUAUAAGGAAAUAGGAACAUUCUUCAUGGAUAUAGUCAACUCUUCUCACAGCUACGCCACCGGAGGAACAUCAGUUAACGAAUUCUGGACUAAUCCAAAGCGGUUAGCCGACACCCUAAAUACCGAAAACGAAGAAUCGUGCACGACUUAUAACAUGCUCAAGGUGUCGCGCCACCUGUUCCGAUGGACUAAAGAAAUGGCGUACGCAGACUAUUACGAACGGGCUUUGACCAACGGAGUGUUGACCGUUCAACGGGGAAGAGAUCCGGGUGUCAUGAUAUACAUGCUUCCACUGUCACAUGGCAGCUCGAAGGCCCAUAGCUACCAUGGUUGGGGAACUAAAUACGACUCUUUUUGGUGCUGUUACGGAACAGGAAUUGAAUCGUUUUCGAAGUUGGGAGAUUCGAUAUACUUUGAAGAGGGAGGAAAAACUCCGUCUCUCUACAUCAUUCAGUACAUAAGCAGCUCCAUAAAUUGGAGAGCAGGAAAUAUUUCUCUAAGGCAAGAAGUCGAUCCAAUUGUUUCGUUGGAUCAACGGUUUCGAGUUGCGUUCACAUUUGCAUCCACCGAGCAGCAUUCAUCAGGUGGAACAGCUACACUGAAAUUCAGAAUACCUCUAUGGACGAAUUCCGACGGUGCAAAGGCAUCGAUUAACGGUCAGGAUUUGCCGUUGCUAAAUCCAGGCAAUUUCCUAUCAAUUUCUAAAAAUUGGAGUCCAGGUGACAAAAUCAUUUUUGACCUGCCCUUAAGUAUUAGAACUGAGGCAAUUAAAGAUGAUCGGCCGGAAUAUUCUUCACUCAAGGCAAUAUUCUACGGGCCCUACCUGCUCGCCGGUCUUUCCGACGGAGAAUGGGAAAUCGACGCCACGUCAGCAACUUCAGUUUCAGACUGGCUAACUCCAAUCCCACCUUAUUACAACUCCCACUUAAUCUCUCUCUCCCAAGAAUCCGGCCAGUCAGCAUUGGCCGUCACAAUCUCCAACGCUUCGUUGAAGAUGGACUAUAUUCCCCCGCCCGGGAAUAACUCUGCCGUUAGAUCAACUUUUCGAAUCAUCCCGAAAGAAGAUCCUAAACAACUCAAAAACUUUACGAACCCAAAAGAUGCUAUCGGCAAACUAGUAGUACUAGAGCCGUUCAAUUCCCCGGGCAUGGCUAUUGCACACAACGGAGAAGGCGGGAAUCUCGUAGUGGCGACGGAAUAUUCCUCCGCGGCUGUUUUUCGAUUGGUUCGUGGAUUGGACGGUGGAGAUUCGACGGUGUCGUUGGAAUCUAACGACCGUAAAGGUUGCUUCGUUUACAGCGGAGCGGAUUCGGAAAACGGGACGACAAUCAAGCUUAGAUGCAAAUCAACGUCGGUAGUAGGUAACGACGAAGAUGGAUUUAAAAAAGGCGCGAGUUUUAGUAUGGGGAAAGGGUUUAGUGAGUAUGAUCCUAUUAGCUUUGUGGCAAAGGGGAAGCAGAGGAAUUUUCUUAUGUCUCCAUUGCUUAGCUUGAGGGAUGAAUCUUACACUGUCUACUUUAAUAUUCAUUCAUGAACAUCAUAAUCAUGGUGUGUGUGUGUGUAAUGUACUACUAGUAAGAUGCAAUAACUAAAUAAAAAAAGCUUUUCGACAAAUAUUUUAGCAUGAA